AUGGAGAGCAAUGAGGGAUUGCCGGGCAAAACUGAGGGAAGUGGAAAUCCAAGACAGCCACGUGGGUCAUUACGGACAGUUCUGAAACACUCAGAUAUGCUGCUGAUGGCGCUGGGGACGAUUGGAUUUGAUAUUCUUUAUGCCAGCGUUGAUACUCCCCUUAACCUGAAGACAAAAACAAGUAAAACAGCUUUGAUUUCAUUUACUUUGCAGUAUGCACUAGCUUUGCUCUAUGUAGCUGUUGGCAUUGGUUCAGGAGCAUUUCUAGGUCCUGACACAUCAAGUAAAAUCAACGUUCUGCUCUUGCCACAUGAAAUGUACCAACUGUUUAAGGAUUCUGUUGGGCACGCACUGCAGAAAGGCAAAACAUCUCAACUACGCACUAGAUAUUUGCAAGCUGUUCUACGACAGAAAAUUGGGUUUUUUGAUACAAUUCAUGGAGCAUCCAUGACAUCCCAAGGGGUCUCAGCCGACACAUUAGUCAUACACGGGGUUCUUAGCGAGAAGGUUUUUCAACUGAUUAUUUUGAAAUAG